AUGUAUCGUCCGUUCCACGAUCGGUGCUAUAUCUGCCCUACCUCUCUGACCUGGGGCAUAGCUGACAUUGCAAAUAAUGAUGUUCCAGUGUAUUACGCAUCAAUCACUGCCAUACUAUUCACAAAUUUGCUUAAGGCAGAAGAUGAAAUAGAGGGGUUGAUGUGCUACAGAACAAAACAGACUCCACGCCCAGCUGGUGUAUGUGCUGUUACUGUUCAUUACUAUCUUGGAAACUGCAGUAUAUAUUCGUAUGAACUUUGGGGAGGAAGAAGAUCACCAAACAUAAAGGAAGGACACUGCAGUGAAAGAAUAGACCAUGCGGAUGAAAGUAUAUCAAAACCAGAAACAUACAGGAUUGUGUGCUACUGUUGGUCAAAUCCAUAUUGUGCGGGCAUGUUUUCUUCUUUUGAGGAGCAAAUCGGAAAGAAACUGAGAAAUGAGGAUAAGCGCAUGUACUAUCAAUGCUUCGAGGAUAAUCUCAAAAACAAUGCUUUUCUAACAAUUCCUGCACUAAGUACAACUUUGGCGCAACCAACACAAGAGCUUACACAUACACCUUUUGAGACCGCCAGUCAUCCGAAGAGGCCAUAUCUGAGCGAAGAAGCAAAGAUACGAAGAAAAGUUCGCGCCAAUAUACGAUUCAGAUAUCUCGACUGGGCAAUCAAACGAAACCUCAUCAUUCUUCUUGUGAUUGCUGUUUUCAUGGCUAUAUCAGGGUAUUUUUACUACGGAGAAAGUGCUCCUGAUCUAGCGAAGCUCGCGAAGAAGACACCGAAAGACACAUAG